AUGGAGUUUUGUGCAUCUGUAUAUGCAUAUAAUUGUUUAAGUAGUGAUGAGAUUAUGGCCAAUGAGAGGCUGAAGAUUAGUUGUUUAUCAAUGAUUUGUGGAUUAGCCAAUAAAAACCCAAACAGUUUAUUAAAGUUUCUUGUUAACCUGGAUUCUUCUAAAAAACACUAUAAAGAAUCUUCAUUUUUGUUUUCUAUUUUGGAUCGUCUAAGUGAAAGUGAUGACUUUAAAGAUUACCAUGAUUUAUUCAUUGAAUGUUUUUAUGAAAGUCAAUCAUCAUUUAAUGAUGAAAUUAAAUCAAUUGUUGAUGAACGAGGAGAGUGGUGGAUUAUUAAACGAAAGUGGAGUAUUUCGAUUCACAAUGGAAAAACUUCUUACUUUACUUCUUGCAAAAAUUAUUUCAUAAAUCAUUACGUAAUAUCUGGAAGAAAGUUAUCGAGGUUACUUGUUAAUAAAAAUAUUUUAAGUGAUGAAGAAAAAAAACUUUUAAUACAAUGUUCAACUAAUGUUCGCGAAGUCAUCUUUUGGUGUCCAAUUAAUUUCGAUGGAUGGAAACCGAAAGAUAAGAUUGAAGUGUUGUUCAUCUCAGACUAUUUAAUAACAAAAAAAGAUUUUGAAGAAAAUUUUCUUCCGUGGAUUAAUCUUUGUGAAAAAUUAUAUCUUUCACUUCACGACGACAUUGAUUUUGAUAAAGAAUUUUAUGAAUGGAUUCGUUGUUCAAAUGUCAAGAUGUUUUGGAUCAAGUACCGUAAAAAUUAUUUUCGUAACCUCGAUGAAUUAAAAAACUUUACAACACGAUAAAAUAUUUAAUACCUU